AUGGCGUUAUAUUGUAAAGCUGAUAAAUUUAUCAAUAUAAGAGCUACAAAAUUUUUUGAGUAUUUACUAAUGGUUAAAGAAUCUUGGGAAGAACUUAGCUCUGACUUAAUUAGAAAGUCAUUUAGCUGUUGUGGUGUUUUUGUGGAAACAGCUCAAGAUGAACUAGAAGAUGAAGAUGAUUAUUUAAUAAAUACGGAUGAAGCUUAUAUUGAUGAAGUUACAAUAAUUAAUAAUAUCGAUAGAGAAUUAUACAAAGAAGUAAAGGGUUAUAAAAAUAAUUGA